GCUCAUCUUAUAAGGACCAAAUUGCCAAUCGUUGAUUAUAUUACAAACACACUGUCAGUUUUAGAUCAAGCAAUUCGUAUUUUACAGUUAAUUAUUGAUAUAACUGUCGAAAAUAAUAUGUUAAAAACAUGUCUUCAUAUGAUGUUAUUAUUACAAUGCAUUAAACAGUCAUGUUGGCCCGAGAAUUUUCAAAAUGUUAGCAGACUUUCCGAACCUUAUAUAGAAAAGAUUUGUGAAGCCGUCAACAACAUUCCUAUAAUAGAUGUUGGUUGUCAUAUUAAUCAUGCUAGUGGCUCGAUGGCUCCAAAUGAGAAGCGCACAUUAUUGGCUUUAUUGAAAAGGGUAAAGAAUAUAUCAGGAUACGAUA